UCCCUCUGAACGUCUAGGCCUGAUUUCUCAGCUCUUGUCUGUGUCAUCGCUCUGAAGACUGGUGUAUCUGGGGGUCAAAGAAGCAGUGAGGGAAUGCCAACAGCCAGGUUUUCUCUGAAAAUCUUUUUGUUCUAGGACCCCCAAAACUUGAGAAGAUGUGUGACCAACCAAAGUGCAACUCAUGCUGCCCACCAAAAUCCAGUCCAAGCUGCCCGCCAAAAUGCAGUCCAAGUUGCACGCCAAAAUGCAACCCAGUCUGCCCACCAAAAUGCAACCCAUGCUGCCCAUCAAAAUGCAACCCAUGCUGCCCAUCAAAGCCGUGCUGCUGUUUGGAGCCCAAGCCUGAGUGUACCUGCCUUAAUAAGGAGCCCGAUCCCGCUGCACCUGAAACUCAGAACAACUCCCAAACCCAGCAGCAGUCCCAAAGCCCGAAGCAGGGGCCCAAAAGUCCCCGAGGGCAGAAGUAA